UAGAGUUCUCAGUACUCGCGUCGUGAUCUGAUCCUCUCUCUUCUCUUCCUUCGAACGUUGGAUCUCCCGCUUCUGAGGUGCUAUCUGAAUAUACCAAUACAUCUUGUCUUUUGCAAAAAAGUCCAUCGCUCAGCCCACCAACAUGAGGGUUUUCUCCUCGACGUGCACUUUCGACUAUUCAUGGGAGGAAGUCUCUGCGGCAAACUGGCGCAAAUACUGCCCGUGGAAUGAUAAAUCGACACAUGUCGUGGCAGUAGACACCUUGUCUCGGGCGGUUGAUGCGACAACUGGCAUCCUGCGCACGGAGCGUCUUAUCACCUGUAACCAAUCAGUGCCACAAUGGGUGCUGUCAUUAUUCGGAGGCAGUCCUACGUCUCACGUUUACGAAGUGUCAUAUGUUGACCCGAGCUCCAAGAAAGUCACGAUGUGCUCAACCAACCUUACGUGGUCCAACGUCCUGAACGUCAGGGAAACCGUUGUUUAUCAGCCUUCGUUGUCCAAUCCAUCUUCAACUACCGAAUUUAACCAAGAGGCGAAGAUCACUGCCCUGUGUGGCGGGUGGCAGAAGAUAAAGAACAAGGUAGAAGAGGCCAGUGUGGAGAGGUUUAGCCAGAACGCGAAGAAGGGUCGAGAAGGGUUCGAAGCGGUCCUUGAGAUGAGCCGACGAGUCUUCAGUGAACAACGUGAACUUGACAGCAAUAAACUCCAGUCCUGAUUCAGAGCGUGCUUGUGUUUACGGAGUAUCGGUUCACAUUGAUCAUUAUGCAUUAUUCCAGCGUUUGCAUUGAUUGGCGUCUCUUUUUAUAUAUCUUCCUCCUUCGUCUAAUUGUCUCUCCAUGAAGCGUUUUGUGUGAUGGGCUUGCCCUUUUGCGACAUUCUCGACUACCAUCUACCCGUGACAUCUUUUGAUGCUCUAGCUUCAGCUCAAUUCCGUCUUUCCUAAUCAGCGGUGG